UGAGCUUGCAUUUUCGACGUAAAAUGUCACUUGAAGUGUGAUUUGUCAGAUCGCGUUUAUUCAUAAAUUUCGUCAAGUUUUGGCAAUUUGUGGUAAUUUUUACAAGAUACAAAUAAAGAUAUAUUGAUUUUCUAGUACUUCGAAAUAUUUAAACAUGGAUCGUCUUCUACGUCUUGGUGGUGGAGUGCCAGGUUUAUCACAAGCACCUCCUCCUACUGAUGCUCCUGUUGUAGAUACUGCGGAACAGGUAUACAUAUCGUCACUGGCUCUUCUGAAGAUGUUAAAACAUGGUCGAGCUGGUGUACCCAUGGAAGUUAUGGGUCUAAUGCUGGGUGAAUUUGUUGACGAUUACACAGUGCGUGUUAUAGAUGUAUUUGCUAUGCCUCAAACGGGAACAGGAGUCUCUGUUGAAGCUGUUGAUCCUGUCUUCCAGGCAAAGAUGUUGGAUAUGUUGAAGCAAACUGGACGACCUGAGAUGGUCGUAGGAUGGUAUCAUUCUCACCCUGGGUUUGGAUGUUGGUUGUCUGGAGUUGAUAUCAACACACAACAAUCAUUUGAAGCUCUAUCUGAACGAGCUGUGGCAGUGGUGGUUGAUCCCAUACAGUCAGUUAAAGGUAAAGUUGUGAUUGAUGCAUUCAGACUGAUCAACCCAAACAUGAUGGUUCUUGGUCAAGAGCCAAGGCAGACAACAUCCAACUUGGGACAUUUACAAAAACCUUCAGUGCAAGCUCUAAUUCAUGGACUGAAUCGUCAUUAUUAUUCCAUCAGUAUAAAUUACAGGAAGAAUGAGCUAGAACAAAAGAUGUUGUUGAAUCUUCAUAAAAAGUCUUGGAUGGACGGGCUGACUUUAUCAGAUUAUAAAGAACACUGUUCCAUCAAUGAGACAACGGUAACAGAUAUGCUUGAUCUAGCUAAAAACUACAAUAAGGCAUUAGAAGAUGAAGAGAAAAUGACCCCUGAGCAGUUGGCUAUCAAGAAUGUUGGCAAACAAGACCCCAAAAGGCAUUUAGAAGAGAAAGUAGAUGUACUGAUGUCAAACAACAUAGUACAAUGUCUUGGAGCAAUGCUGGAUACCAUGGUGUUUAAAUGAUCUUUGGAUGAAGUAUUUUGUAUUUUAAAAUGUUAAGACUAGCAACAAUUAAGAAAUCCAUUUUAAGUUUUGUGUACUGUAUGUGUACCUACAUAAAUAUGGUAAAGGAAUGAAAAAUGCAUAGUUCACUUAUCUAACUAGAGUUCCAUUAUCUAAAUGAGUAAUUUAGAUCUGGAAUAACAGAAUACUCUACAGGCCAGCAUACUACACUCAUGAUUGCAAGUCAUUGUUGCUACUUUAUGAGUUGUAGGACACAAAUAUAUUGAAGUUUAAUUUCUUUAUAUAAGUCUUUUCAUUCCUUGACUGUAUUAGACUAAUUUCCUUAUGUAUAACAAAAUAAAACAUUCUGAUUUUUUAUUCAUAGUUUUAAUAGAACAGUCUUUGUGGAGCUAUUUGUUUACAAAUGCUGUUGAGUCUACUUUCCACGGCAGUAUAAUGAGGGCGGUUGACAAAGUCUAUAUCAAACAUAGGUUUUAAAUGAGGCUGAGAAUUAACAAUAUUUUGAAUUAUACUUUUCAAUUUAAUGAAAGCUUCAUCGUAAUUAUCUGUAGUUACCUGAAAAGUAAAAGUUUUUAGCUGUAAGUUGAUUAUGUAGAAUGAGCUAAAUAUGAAUUGU